AUGGACCUGACAGAGGCUUUCGCACCAGGGGGUGGCAGCGAGGAUCUGCCGAAGACAGACUUCUUCGACUUCGUGGUGUCGCCGCCGCCGCACUGCGCCUCGGCCGAUGGCGUCGUCUCCGACGAGGAGAGCUUCCUGCAUCGCGGCGCCAGCGGCUGCCGCGCGAUGGGCGGUUAUCUUCAGACUCACGAUGACCACGAGGGCUCGCACGGCAGUUCGCCCUUCAUCAAGGAGACUAACAAUAACACACUGACGGCACUGCCGCCCGUCUCAACCAUUACCGGUUCAUUGGGCCAUCACCAUCAACAUCAUCACGUGCAUCAUCAGGUACGCUCGCAACAUCAAACCAGCGAGGCCACUGCCAUGGACCAGUCCGAGUGCGAUUAUUGGGGUCAGGAGGACGAGAGUAAGGAACAGACGUGCAAUAUCCUCUUGGAGGAUCUCAAUAAAUACUGUUGGUCCUCAAACGCGCACACCACCGACGGUGUCAUUCACCCGGCCGCCGGCGGUCCCAACGAUCAUCAUCAGACCGUUGGUACGGGCCGUGCGGGCUGCACCGCCAACGACCGACAGAACACUGAUGGUGCCAUCUACACCCUGACGGUGCUGAACAACGAGGCGAACUCAAUGGACGCGCUGGACUGUUGCAAAAGUCCAGCGCCCGCGUCCGGCGACUCCUGGUCUCUGCGGCCCAAUCUCGACCUAGACGCUAUUCUAAGUAUGGAGCCGUCUUCCGGCGAGCAGGAUCACGAACAGGCCAGCGGCGAAGUGCCUAGAAGCGUCAACGAGAGGUUUCACGGGCCGGACGGCCGUGGUUUUACCGUGCCCUCGUCUCAAUACGCAACCGACGACAGCGGGUUCGUUGAGAGCAAAGAGUUGUGCGCGCGAGCGUCCUCGGCCAACUGUUCCGGCGACAACAAUAACGAUUGGAAGCUGUCGGAUCAGAAUUUGCAGGAGGUCGCGGCCGCAGCAGCGGCUGCGGUCGCCGUUGGUGCCGGGGAUUCCGCCGAGAGUCUUCUAAGAAGUGCUCUUCAGGGCAAACUGUACACGGGAUCGGCCCAGUCGGUCUCCUCGUCCUCGCAGUCUUCGCAGGCGUCCACCAUCUCGAUGUCGGUUUCGGGUACCGCGGGUCUACUGGUGCCCGAUCAGCAGCAGCAGCAGCAACAGCAGCAACAGCAGCAGCAGCAACAGGAGGAUUCUAUGCAGACCUGCACCGAUGAGGAUCUGCUACUCUCGCAGCUGGACCAGACGACCUAUCGACCGGGCGAUUACGAGAAGCUUAAAAGCAUCGCGAAUGAAGUGGUGGAAUCAUACUGCAGCCUCGAGCCGGUUUGUAAUGUAUCGGCGACCACCACGGUGAUGUAUACGUUAGAUCCAGCAAGUGGCAGUCUGGGUACCAUCACGUUACCAGCCGAUCUGGGCCAGGUGAGCACCGUGACCGUAGUCACGGCUGCCCAGCAGGACGUUCUGCAGCAGCAAUCCGCUCAGCGAACCGACGUGGAACAGCAGCAACAGCAGCAACAGUCAGGUCAGCUGCAGCUGACUUCCGGCCGAGCGGGUGUCACCUCUAAGUCGCCGAAGAAGUACGUGCGGCGCGCCAAUCGCAACAGCAACAACGCCAACGGCGCCAGCAACGGUAGCGCCGGUACGGAAGCCAGCAACUCGAGCCAGCAGCAAACCGGCGGUUCCGGUGGCUCUCCCGGUAGCGUUCAGCGGAAAGAGCGCUCCCUCCACUACUGCAGCAUCUGCAGCAAGGGCUUCAAGGACAAGUACAGCGUGAACGUGCACAUCCGGACGCACACCGGCGAGAAGCCGUUCGCCUGCUCGCUCUGCGGCAAGAGCUUCCGUCAGAAGGCCCAUUUGGCCAAGCACUAUCAGACCCACGUGACUCAGAAGCCCGGCAGUAUCCAGCAGGCCGCUUCCGGGAGCGGCGGAAACAACGGAAACACCAGUCCGACGGCGGAGCCUAACGUGACCUCCGCGUCCCCCGCCAUCGCCAGCAGGUCCCAGGUCGCUGUAGAUCCGACGGGAGCUGCCUGCAGUCCCCCCAGUUAGUUCGCAGAACACAGACGCGGCCACGACGUCAGGCGCGGAUGCAAGUCGUCCACGUUUCCCUUUCUUCUUUUAUCUUUCUGGGAAAAAGAUAGCGCGCGACCGAACCUGGUCCCCGCUUUCUUCUCGUUCUCCACUUUUUUAUAUGAAUAUGAUUUUCUUUCCGUGAUGGAAAGGCGAGCGAGCUUGCGAGAAAGAGCGAACCAUGACGAGCGUAUUAGAUAGGCGUAUCGGGGAUAGCGUGUACGGGGUGUCCGGAAACAAAUUCUCUUUUUGAGGAAUUAUGUGAUGAAACUCCAGAUAAAAAUCUAACUUGAGUCACUUAAACUGAACUGGGACCAUAUUUAAUUAGUAAUAACCUGUUUAAAGUACUUAAUUUGAUUGCUAUUUUAUUAGAACAUAAUCAGGCUUGCUAAAUUAUUUCAAUUCAGUUUCUUGAGUUGCGUAAGUUGUUUUAACAUUCACGCAGCUACUUGAAUCAGUGUUUUAACUUAAUUGAUCCCCAAAUCAGAUUCAAUGUGAAUCGUUGCAGUGAGAAAAAUAAAUCCUCGCGAUUUAUAUGAAAGUAGAGAUGCUCCACGACAUCCCGUACGUAAACGAGAAGCCCGUGAAUUGAGUUUUACAUGGCGGAACUACGCGACCGAAGGGUUGUUAAUUAAAAGGUUAAUUAAGAACUUUGCGAGAUUAUCUAUCCUAACGGCGGCUCUUCUGUCGCCGGAUUUUUGUAUUAAAUAUUAAUUAAUUAUUGACGGCUAAGAGGAGCUAAUCCCUCCCACUAACAUGACACCCAUGAAAUUGUUGUUCCUACGAUCAUUCAAUUAUCGUUAAUGACAAUAACGACAGGGACACUCACAACAGCGACGACGACGACGACGACGACGACGACGACGACGUAGACAGAACAAAGAGUGUUUAUAGGCUAAUUGACGAUUUAUUAUAUUUAUAAUAGCCACGAGAUAUUAACGUUAAAGAUGUGUUAUAAAAUAAAUUAUAUAUAUUGUAAUUUGUACAUGAUGUUCCAGAACUAUCAGACCCUCUUAAAACUUCUUCGACAAUGGAAAAGAACGACUUUUCUUUAAUGAAAAUGUUGGAAAAGAAAUUAAUUCUUGACAUUGCAUGCGCCUGUAAUAUUUACCGAUCAAAUUAAAAACUUUAUUGAAAUGAGGUUCACUCGAAAUUCGUUGAGGAAGCUGCAGACGCGUCGACAUUUUUAUUAAAGAAAGUUCAGCUCCAGAUCGACCGAAGGAGUAGCGAGAGGGACAUCUGGUAGUUUUGAAACGCCCCGUGUACACAGAGAGUAGAUUAGGGCAGUAACUUAGAAUGAGAUAAGCGCAGAGUAUCGAGAGGAAGACCCUUUAAUAAGUAAUUAGUAGCAUGAGCUGUGAUUUAGGUACAUACUCAACGAGCGGUUUAGAGCGAAGCAAACGUAACGAGAUGCGUAAGUGCUGUUCUCUCAUUGGUACUCCUUUUUUUUCAACUCUCUCUUCCCUCGCGAAAGCGCAUCUGAAAAAGGGACCAACCGCGACGACGAUUGUUUUCGAUCAUUUUCAACGUUCUGUCGAAUGCUACGUAUACCGCAGAGCCACCGCGAUCGAUUGCCGUGAGAAUCGCGUUCGCUCUUAGUCUUUUCUUGCCUGAUUUAUUCGCGAAAUAGAUAAGCUCCUCCGCACAGAAAGCAUUUCCAAUGAAACAAUAAUAUUACAACGACACUACGUAUGUGAUAAUAUGAUAUUAUAAUAUUGCUGAUGUAUAUAUAAUUAUAUAUGCACUAUUUUUUUGAUAUUGUAAUAUUAAUAUUAUCCUUUUGUUGUUCAGGCGGGUGCCCUACUUACCGUAAGUCUGAACAUUAACACUUGAGACCGUUAUUUUAUCGAAUAAGAUUUUUUUUCAGACAAACAUUCACCCCGCGUUUCUAUCUCUCUAGUUCAGAUUGUAAAGACGAAUACGGCAGUUUCUCCAGAGUUUCGUUUGACUUGGAGUGUAUACUAACUCCUGCAAGUCAAACUGUUUCGAAAAUACGUUGACACAGUUACAAAACGUCUGAAUAACGAUUAUACACGCUCAUUAAUAAAAUCAUUAAACAUAAUGAAGAUUGAGAAUUAUUUAUUGUAUCGAUUUACGUUAAUUUUCUUCAAGGUAAAAAAUUAAUGGUCCCUGGAUCGAAGGUUCUUGAGAAAAGACAUUCGUGAAGAGUCAAUGUCCGCGGAUGAUAAAAUUUAUAGCACCCGACGUUCAUGCAUUGUGAUAUUCACUGCCGUCGUUAUCAAUAUUAAGCCUAUUAUCCCCGAUAAAGCGGAACUGAACAACCGGCGGAGUAAUUGGAGCCAAUAGAAUAGAGCUUACCGAUCCUAAUGAUCGACGCGAUUCUUAUGGCUACGAUCUCGAAAACUGCGAUAAUUAAUUUAAUCACGAUACGAUAUACUCAUUUCGGCGAGCACGACGACCGGGGACGGCGCGCAAAUCCUCGAACGCGAACACCCUGUAGCCGCGUGCCACAUUUCCCGGGAGCCCGCGACCCCGUAACAACGCCAUGGAGGUCAGAGUUUCCGAAGGGCCGCCUCGGGCUAUCGCGAGAGAUUCGCCUGGUAAUUACACGUUGCGUCGAUAUUGCGUUACGUGCGUGCUCAUCGUGUAUGCGCAUGCCAUGCGCACGACCUCACCGUGGCCGUGGUCACAUCGUAUCGGCAAGUGGCGAUAAAUUCACCUCACUUAUAAUACGGUGAUAAUUUUAUUCGCCGCACUGUCGACGAUUCGUUAUCGCGAUAAUUAAUUGCACGGCCGCUGUGCGUAAAAGUGAGACGGUUUACGAGAGGAGCGUUUAAAAGAUGCGAUGCAUUCGGCUCUUAUCAACGCCCCCCUCCCUCUCUGUCUCUGAUUUCAGUUUCAGAUUUUCUAAAAUUAUCUUUCCCCGGUGAGAGCCGCGUUAUGUAAAAUGAAUGCGCGCCCGUUUGCGCGCAAUUAAAAGUAUCGCAUAAAUUUCAUGGGGAUUAUUUAUCUCAAGUUUAUGUGGUUUUUGCCUGGACUAAAAUUGAGAGCAUUUAAACAAUACCGAGGGAAGGAGUCGUACGGUGUUCACUAAAAAAUUGGAAAGUCUCGCGUGACUUCGCGGCCGCGGACGUCCCCCUCGCCGAUCACCGCCAAUUCAUCCAAUUUGCGUAAUUAGUCACGUAUGCGCAACACAAUCGAGACUAUUCUUCCGCUGAUACUCAAUCGACGACGCAAGCGGCAAAUGAUAUUAGAAGGCACAUCGUCAGGUACUGCAGUGAUCAGUCAAUCGUUUUGUUAAGAAAUAGCGCCGACCGAUAUUGCUGUUCUCAGCCGUGGGUCACAAUUAUACAAUAAUAUAUAGUCGUCAAGCAGACAGAAAUAAUAUUAUAUUUGUUAUCUUACUCAAUUGUAGUCGAUUCAUCCAAGCGAGAAGGGAGGGAAAAGUAUGAAGCAAAGUAACGGACAUUAAUUACAGUUGUUCCAAUUAAAUCAGACGUCAAGUGCGGACCGCCGUAAUUGUAACUAGUCGUCUAAUUUCGAGUACCGCGUCGAUUGUAUCUCGCCCUCUUUCGCGUGUUUUACUAUUCUAAAUAAUUAAAAGCAAGACAGAUUUCGAAGGGAGGAGACAAAUAUUUGCAGAGUUUUUCCCGCAGGCUCUAAGUAAAUUCAAAAUUGUACAAUUUCAUUCUCGAAGCUAGAAACUCUGCGAUUCAUUCUUAUAUUAUCUUCAACUCCGAUUAUACAAGAUAUAUAUAUAUAUAUACACAAGUUGUAGAUUUCUCCAUCUACUUGAAAUUACAAAAUUUGGGAGCUAUCAUUAAUUUUCUCCAGAACUAAUAACUCUAGAAUCCGAUCUGUAUUACUUUUAAUUGCCAGAUAAAGUACAUUUGAUCUCGCGGUAAAUAACAUAAUUAAAGAGCCAAAUGAACUAGGUCGAGCACUGAAAGUGUAGAAACGGUGGCCUGGCUCGCAUGGUUUGUAGGGCGUCCUCGAUGUAAGGGCGUUAUUACGGUAGCGCUUCGUCACGUCUAGGGUACUUGAAGAUGAUGAGAACGACCUUAUAAGGGGUGUUUAAAGUCACCGCCGUCGCAGGCAUCUGCGACUUUCACCAAUCUCGCCGAAUCAGAUUGCGACCCGCCCUAAUCCCGCUUCUAAUCAGCCGCGCGUGGCGAAUUGACCGCGUGAUCGAUCCCUCGAUCUCGCGAUCGCGAAAGGAAAGCGGCAUCGUUACGAUGACUUACAAGCGUGACGUCUUUGAGGGUUAAUGAGCCUAAAGGACCUCGGAAUUAGAUCCUUCUUUGGUUCUCAGACACUUAAUAUUCGCAAAACCGCUGCUUUACCGCGGAUCGUUGUAAAUAUUAAAUAUUUCUCAUCUGUUUCUCCCAUUUUUUUAAAU